ACAUGCCUGGACGCCUGAAGAGAGCAAACAUUUACAGCUUCUCCCUCCCCUGUGUUUAGUGGGCAAUUUGAUCCUUCUUUGUCCAUUCCUUUAUUUUACAUCACUCUUAGACUUGACUUGCUAUUGAGAACAACAAAGUACAACUUUGGGAAUCUGUUUAUUUAACACAAAAAUGGACUCAGACUCUGAUUCACCUUUUAAUUACUCUUGGCCUUCCUUACCAAAAAUGAGGAUUCGAAGAAGGGCAUCCAAAUCAGAGCAGAGACACUCUACCCUUGAUGUAUUCCGAAAACUCAAGGCUCCACCUACUUCCUUUGAUGCAGCCAGACUUUCUGCCAUGAUGAGUAGAAGUGAUGAAGUAUAUGCAAACUGCAUGGUAGUAGACCAAGCUGGAGAUAUAAAGACUAAUUAUGUUCAUGGAGAUGGUGUCAGCAGUGAUAUAUGUCUGAAUCCCACCAGCUCAAUCCUGAUGGCUAAGAGCUCUUCAUCUCCCUCCCUUGAGGACAAUGACCAAUAUAUAUAUGUUCCAAAUGCAGGAAACCAAAGGCUGAUGAAAAAUGAAGAAAAUGCAGUUUUAGGACAUACUGUUUCAACUUCUGAUCCACGUGGAGCAGAUUCAUACCUUCCAUUAAAGACCCAGGGGUUUAUUAAGGAUCGGGGCCAACUUUAUGCUGACAUGAAAAGAAGAAGCACAAGUCUCAGUGAUCUUGAAGUAGAUGGCAGAAGUGGAGGUGUUUUGGACAGACCCUGUGUUCACUACCCUCCCCUUGCCUCUUCAGAGGCCAUGGAUUGUAGUGGAGAUGGAUUAGACUCACCUACCAGUCUGCAGCCCAAGGAAUCCGCAGUGUCUGGGGUUCGGUCACGCUCCUAUUCCUACUCCUCGCCCAAAGGUUUAUUAGGAAGACCUUGCAUUCCUCAGGACUUUGCAGCUGGGGAUUCGAAUGAAGAACGAGCAUACAGUCUGCCAGAGCAAUCCCGAGAGAAAAGGAUUCAGAAGGAGGACUGGUAUAAAUAUAUUGUACUCUCAAAAAAUAACUCUGAAAAAUGUAAAAUGAGUCGGACUUUCAGCUUUCUGAUGAACAGAAUGACCAGCACACGGAAUAAGUGCAAGACAAAAAAUAAAGAUACCAAAGAUAAAGAGAAAUUGAACAGACACAAUUUUACAAAUGGGACUUUCUCAGGAGUUAUCCCAUGUAUGGCCUGUGAAAAGGCCCUCCUGGGAAAGGAGUCACUGCAGUGCUCUCAUUGCAACGUGAUUCUUCAUAAGAGCUGCAGGGAGUGUGCUCCUGUGUGCACCAAGAAAUCCAAGGAGAAGUAUCAUAAUAAAAACAAACCCCAGGCUGGUGUAACAAAUUCCCUGCCUGGAAAUGUCUCUCAAACAGUGCUCUUCCCAGUGCAUCCUUCUUCCUCUAUGCCUAUUGGACUGGCUGCUGGAAGUAGGGAAGCCUUACAGCAGUCCCACUUGUUGUUCAAAAGUGUCUCCAGUGCCAGUUUUGAAAGACCUACUCCAUUUUCUGAGCAAGGCUCUGAGAAUAGCAGCGGGAGUUGCAAGUCACAGUCUGAAGAGAUGUUACAAGGAGUAGGGACCUUUGCUUCAAUGGAUCCUUUUAUGGUGGAAGAUGAUGUGGAUUUGUCUCAGUGGACUGAUCUCCGCACAGAUGUACAAGAGUUUGAGGCAGAGUCCUGGAGUCUUGCUGUGGAUCCAAUAUUCUGUAGCAAGCAAGAAAAGGAUGUUGUCAAGAGGCAGGAUGUAAUUUUCGAGCUGAUGCAAACAGAAGUGCAUCACAUCCAUACCCUGUUCAUUAUGUCUGAAAUAUUCAGGAAGGGGAUGAAGGAAGAACUGCAGCUGGACCACAGCACAGUGGACAGAAUAUUCCCCUGCUUAGAUGAGCUGCUGGAGAUCCAUAGGCAAUUCUUCUGCAGAAUGAAGGAGAGACGGCAGGAAUCAUGUGAGGCGGGGAGUGAACAUAACUUUGUCAUAAGCAGAAUUGGAGACAUUCUUGUGCAGCAGUUUUCAGAGAAAAAUGCAUCUAAAAUGAAGAGAAUAUAUGGAGAGUUUUGCAGCCAUCAAAAAGCAGCUGUUAAUCUCUUCAAAGAAUUGCAACAAAACAAGAAGUUCCAGAAUUUUAUUAAACUGAGAAAUAGUAACCUGUUGGCACGACGCCGAGGAAUCCCCGAGUGCAUUUUGCUUGUCACCCAGCGAAUCACCAAAUACCCUGUUCUGGUUGAAAGGAUAUUGCAGUACUCAAAAGAAGGAACAGAAGAACAUAAAAACUUAUGCAAAGCUCUUUGUCUAAUUAAGGACAUGAUUGCAGCAGUAGAUUUGAAAGUGAAUGAAUAUGAGAAAAAGCAAAAGCUGUUGGAAAUUCUCAGUAGAACGGAAAACAAAACAUAUACAAAGCUGAAAAAUGGCCAUGUUUUUAGGAAGCAAGACUUGAUGAAGAAAGAAAUAGUACUUCUUCAUGAAGGUUUAGUGUAUUGGAAGACAGCAACUGGUCGUUUCAAAGACACCUUAGCUCUGCUUUUAACUGAUGUACUACUGUUCUUACAAGAAAAGGAUCAAAAAUACAUCUUUGCAGCUGUUGAUCGGAAGCCUUCUGUUAUCUCCCUUCAGAAGCUCAUAGUAAGAGAAGUAGCCAAUGAAGAAAGGGGGAUGUUUCUGAUCAGCACAUCAUCUGCAGGGCCUGAAAUGUAUGAGGUUCAUACCAACUCCAAAGAAGAACGUAACAACUGGAUGAGGCAUAUUCAAGAUGCAGUGGAAAGUUGUCCACAGGAAGAAGAAGGAAAAAUGAAUGAAUCUGAUGAGGACAGACAUAUUGCUGAGGCCAAAGCAUCCAGAAUUCAGAAAUGUCAAGAAUCACUGAAUAACCAGGACCAUCAGAUCUGUAGUUAUUUGGAAGAGAAGUUGCGUAUCUAUGCAGAACUGGGAGGUGUGAGCGGGUUUGAAGGUGUUCAUGUAGAACCUUACCUCCUUAUCAAACCCAAUUCUGGAGAAACUCCACAGGCUGCUUCACUGGUGGCAGCAGCACUCAGAGAAGUUGAAAGUCUACAUAUUGCUGUAAUGACAUCACAAGUGAGUGAAACAGACAGGUCACCAGAGGAAGGUAUUGAGGAACUAAGUGUGAAGGACAGAUUUAGUGCCAAUGAAAUCUUGAAACCUGUUCCUAGUGACGCAGAAAUAAAAGAAGUUGAAGAAUCAUCUGAAGUUGAUCUCAGUGUUGAAAAGGCAUCAGUACAUGCCAGUCUAGAAGAUAAGGGAGGAAGUAUGAGUUUCCCAGGAUCUACUGGGACAGACAUUGUACAAGCAAUCCAGAAUUUAACCUGCCUCUUGUACAGCAUACAGGCAGCACUAGCUAUCCAGGACAGCCACAGAGAGCUCAAUAGGUUACUCCUUCAGGAGAAUGAGAAGACCGGUUUUUGGCUAAACCUCCUUCCAGAACAAGAAAAACACCAGAAUCUGGAAAAACAAAAGGCAGAGCUGGCCAACAUACACAAACUAAAGCAGCAGUUUCAGCAAGAGCAGCAUCAGUGGCUGCAUGAGUGUGACGAACGGCAGCGGGAGCUGGAGGCGAAGGAGAGCUGGCUGGGGCAGCGGGAGAGGGAGUGCAGGUACCAGGAGAAGCUGCUGGAGAGGAGCCAACAGGAACUGGUUGUGCAGCUGCAGGAGUACCAUCAGAGCCUGGAGAGACUCCAAGAGGGCCAGAAAAAGGUGGAGAGAGAAAGAGCCAGUGUGAAAAUGCAGAAGCAGCUCCUCUGGCACUGGAAGCACUGUCAUCAAAGCAGCCUGUUUUCAUCCUCAGGGAGCUACGAGAUAAUGGGACAUAAUCAAUCAGACGGUUUAUGUGGCAAAAAUACAUUCUGCUUAAAUGAAGCUGUAGUGUGUAUGUCUCUAAGCAGUCUCAACAGAUCAGAGUCUUCUCUCAUUUAUGAGGUUGGUGUGUAUGGGCUGAACAUCUCAAAUUCUGAUAUGGCAAAGACUAGUGAAAAUCAGGUCGACCUCGAAAUGGACACUUCUUGUCAGCCAACAUUGAGUGCACUGUGGAUAUCCACUGGUCCUUACCAGCAGAUGUCUUUUUCCUGCAAAACCAACAAAGAUAAUGAUCUGAAUGCGUCACAGACCCAGUGUCCCCAGACAAGCAUUCCAAACCAGGCACCCAUCCAGCUGCCAGGGGUAGAAGCACAGCUGCUGAACCACCCGCCUGAGAGCCUGCAGGAUGCAGAAGGAGGAGGCAGAGUAGAGGAGAAGAUUGUUUACCUCUGAGGCUCUUUUUCUAAUCUCAGUAGCACUUUGGAAAUAUAACUCUGUUUGCUUUUCUGAAUGUCCAUAGUUGUUCUGUAAGACCAAAUGGCUUUAAGGAUAGUAUUUAAUAUUCAGUGCAAGAUUUUCCCCAUGAUAAAUAUAAUGGUUAAAUUAUUCUGAAGCCUUUGUUUCAUAAUCUUUAAUUUAUGACAUGAUUUCAAAUGCUUUGUGAGAAGCGAUGGGUAGCAGAGGAGACUUAACAAUUUGGAACUUUAAAGAUGCCACCAAGAACUGUGAAAGCUAGUGUUGAUUUUCUCUAGAGUCCUCUUUUUAAGAGAGAUGGGCCUGUUAUUUGAGAUUUCAGAGUAUGGAUCGUUAACCUUCUGAAAGUUGUGAUAUAAUGUGAGCAUACAGCAAUAUAAGAAUGAUGGCUAUAGUCUUUGCUGAAAUGUGCUAUGAACCCUUAACUACUGGGUUGAUUUCCUUAUCCCCUGGCUCAGGAACUACUCAGAAGAGGAUGUUUUUACGGUCUCAACUUAAUUGCGUAAUUGUGUUUGUUCACAUCCCAAAGCUUAUCAUCAUUUUGGUACUACCGCCAGUUUCUGUGCAGAGAUGGUGUAAAUCAGUUUGUUAUUGUAUUAUAAUAUCUCAUUUCAGUGUGCCCUUACACAUUAAAAUUUACCAGAUGAAGCCAUUUCACUGAUCAAAAGAAAAGAAAGGGGAAAAAUAGUAGGCUUUUAGCUAACUCUUCUGAAACUCUGCUGCUUUCCCACAUAGAAGCCAGCUAGAUUCCUGAUUUUAGCUUCACAGGAUCAUCAGUGUGUUAGGCAGUAAGAAGCCAGGACCUAUUUCAUGCCUUUUUGUCUUUCAGAAAUAUUUGUACACUUCUGUCGGCUUGAAUAAAUGUUCUGUGUGUUUCUGCGAAACUGUAACUUCAAUUCAUUGUCGGGUCCUCCAGAGAAGUUUGAUACCAGAAGGGGAAAAAAAGUAAAAUCUCCUUGCCUGGUUCA